AUGUUAAUUCCAGACAAUGAAAAUUGAUUUCUCUACGACGCCCGAUGACACUCCUCUCGAGUGGCCAAGCAUAUGGCAGAUAUUAAACUUUGAACGCACGUUUGAACGUUGGAUCACGAACGCUACGCGCCCGUACGCAUAUCUACGUACCAGGCGCGCACAUGUAUACGUCUCGGCCACCUAUAGGUGCUUGUUCCUGUUCGCAUCACGACGCGUCGCAACAGUGAGACCUGCGACAUCGUGGCGAGCGCUUCGCCGAGAGCAACGGAAGCGAGUAAGCACACCACGCGGCAAACACGCGCGAACGUGGGCGUGCGAUGAGACCAGUCGUCCCGAAAGGCACCGUCUACCUGUCACGUGUCGGGAAAAAGGUCCGGGAUUUUACGCAUGCCGGCGAGAGAUCGCACGUUCUGCAGGUGAACUCCAGCGUGUAUCAAGAACAUUGGUACUCUGACGACUCGGAUUGAAUGUGUGACAGCACAACGGCAGACAUGAAAAUUUUGGGAGUGAAAUUUGCACCGUUAAAGGUACCUCUAGAAAGGAGACUCCAGACUUUGACCGCCGCGAUAUGGUUCAUCUGGAGCGCUUUUGGUGGCUUAUUCUCAGCCGUUAUCACGGUCUAUCUUCUUAUCUACACGCAGACACGCUACUUCGUACUACUAUAUUUUCUUUGGAUGUACUACGACUGGAACACUUGCAAUCGCGGUGGUCGAAGUUAUGCGUGGACAAAAUUUGCGAGAAGUAAUGUAUUCUGGCGUCACUUUUGCAACUACUUCCCCAUAAAGCUGGUGAAAACGGCUGAUUUGGAUCCUAAGAAAUCUUACCUAUUUGUCUGCACACCUCACGGACUUCUAUCGGCUGGAGUAGUGGGUUCAUUCGGAACGGAUAUACUGGAUUGCAAAAAGCUAUUCCCCGGACUGGAAAUGCGAUCCAUCAUUCUUGACCAACAUUUCAAAAUGCCUUUCUUCAGGGAAUACGUGUCCACAUUAUGUUGCUGCGCAUCUAAUGCAGAAAGUAUCAAGUAUUUAUUGUCGUCACCGCCAGAAAGUCCAUUUACCGGGAGAGCCACGAUACUCAUCGUCGGUGGUGCCUCAGAAUCGCUCGAGUCGAGACCAGGUACAUAUCGAAUCCUAGUAAAGAAGAGGAAGGGCUUCGUCAAAUUAGCGCUACAACAUGGCGUACCGUUGGUUCCUGUGUUCUCUUUCGGCGAAACGGACUUGUUCAAUCAACUGUACGGUCCGGAAGGAUCACUCUUUAGACGUUUCCAGCAUUAUAUUCGCAAAUCUAUAGGAUUAGCACCUGUUAUCUUCUCAGGCAGAGGAUUCUUCCAAUAUUCGUUUGGACUUAUCCCCAAACGUGCGCCUAUCUCCGUAGUCGUCGGAAGUCCCAUUGAGUUACCGAAAAUAGCGCAACCUACAGCAGAUCAGAUCAACGAAUACCAUGAGAAGUUCAUACAACGUCUAACUGAACUGUUCGAGACGCAUAAGCACAAUUACUUGAAAAACCCGGAGAAAGCUGUUCUUGAAUUAGAUGUAUAAUCGAUCUAAGAUAUACAGAGUGAUGUAUACAGAUACACAAGACACGUCAACACACGUGUGCAGAUAGAUUAAAACAAACUGAACAAAAAAUUGUAACAUUCAACAAUAACAAAAAGUCAUUUGUUACACAACCACAUAAAA